AUGUCUUGGGGACACAUUGAAUCUGAUGAUUUGGUAGUGUGGAAGCCAGCAGAGAUUUCGCCAGCACUCCUCCCAGACGAGCCUUAUGACCAGGAGGGUGUCUUCACAGGCUGCUGGAUUCCGAAUGUCAACGAGAGCGACGAGACCAUACGAAUUGCUUACUCUUCGGUAAAGCAGCUGCCUUUCCAUUGGAGUACGCCCCCUUACCCACGCAAUGCGGCCGGUAUCUCGGUUGCGUCGUCCAGCGACGGUGGUGUGACUUGGAAGAAGUCGCCUCGGAACCCGAUCUUGCUUGGCGAGCCAGCUGGCGUACAAGUGACCGGCUUCCGCGACCCGUACGUGAUGCAGUCCUCAGAGCUCGACAGAAUUCUUGGCGCAGAUACGAAAGGAUUGUAUGGACUCGUUUCCGGAGGCGUCGAAGGCUCUGGUCCAACCACAUGGUUAUACACUAUAUCACCCGACGACCUUGAGAGCUGGGCCUAUGUCUGCCCUCUGGUUGAUAUUCUAGCGAGACAUCAGCCAUUCGAGCCGUGGGGUGGUAAUUACGGCGUGAAUUGGGAGUGUACGAAUCUGCUUUCUCUAUCCUUCGGCAAGAUCACGCGACAAUUCCUCAUUCUCGGCGCUGAAGGAGACGUUGAGAAGGCACAUGUCAAACACUUCAUCGGGAGCCCAGAAUCUCCAUCGCGCACUGUGAGAGCACAGUUGUGGAUGUCAGGACCUUUGAGUGCAACCAAAAAUGGCCCAAGGCUCCAAUACAAGCAUGGAGGUUAUCUUGACCAUGGGCCUUUCUAUGCAGCAAAUUCGCUGCUUGAUCUCACAAAUGAAAGGCAUAUUGUGCACGGUUGGAUUCCUGAGGAAGAUAUAACUUUGAAUCAUGCGAAGAGAAAAGGAUGGAACGGCUCAAUGGCUCUACCCCGAGAGAUCUUCCUGCUCUAUAUACCUAUGGUUGUAGGGGCACUGCGCACUAAAUUAGGAGACAUUACAUCCUUUGAAAUCUACGAAGAGCUCGAUGGUUCGUGUUCGGUACUCACACUCGGAGUCAAACCAAUUGCCGAGAUGGCAGAGCUUCGAGGAUCAUGCGGUUGGACUUGCACUCUCGGCAGCCCUCUCAAUAUGAAUCGAAAAGACAAGAAUCUUUUCGAUCUACGGUCUACGUCCUGGGAGUUGGAGAUGGUUGUGUCAUUGCACGAAAGCUGUGAGACGUUGGGCUUCCACAUUUACCUUGGCGAGAAUCGGUCCUGUCGGACGACAGUCACUUUCUCCGUUGUGGAAGAGAUGCUCAUUGUUGACCGUCAUGAAUCAAAUGGAGAUAUCACCAUCAACAAAUGUCCCGAUGCAGGACCCUUCACGCUACUCUGGAUGAAGCAGAGUGAUACUCGAGAUGCUUUGGUUCUGGAGGCUUUGAGACUGCGCAUCUUCUCAGACGGGGAUAUUCUAGAGGUCUUUGCAAACGAUCGCUUUGCACUUACGACAAUGGUGUACGCGGAACACCAAGAUUCGACAGCUGGGACGAUCUGCGCAUUUGCAACUGGACGGGGCGAAUACGGUGCGACUUUAGAGUCGGCAAGACUCUGGGAUGGCCUGGGAUGGGAUAAGCAUGUGCAGGGUUGA